AUGUUCCAUAACUUAGGUCCACGUAUUCCCAUUUGUCGUGCCCCUGUAUCAUACCGCCCGGUACUGCCUAGUACCACCCAGCACCGUCCGGUACUGCCCGCUACCGUCCGCCACUGCCAGUUACCGUCCGGUACUGCCCGCUACCGUCCGCCACUGCCACCGUCCGCCACUGCCACCGCCACUUACCGUCCGCCACUGCCCGCUACCGUCCGCCACUGCCGCUACCGUCCACCGUCCGCCACUGCCCGCUACCGUCCGCACUGCCCGCUACCGUCCGCCACUGCCCGCUACCGUCCGCCACUGCCCGCUACCCGCCGCCCGCUACCGUCCGCCACUGCCGCUACCGUCCGCCACUGCCCGCUACCGUCCGCCACUGCCCGCUACCGUCCGCCACUGCCCGCUACCGUCCGCCACUGCCCGCUACCGUCCGCCACUGCCCGCUACCGUCCGCGCUACCGUCCGCCACUGCCGCUACCGUCCGCCACUGUCCGCCACUGCCGCUACCGUGCCCGCUACCGUCCGCCACUGCCCGCUACCGUCCGCCACUGCCGCUACCGUCCGCCACUGCCCGCUACCGUCCGCCACUGCCGCUACCGUCCGCCACUGCCCGCUACCGUCCGCCACUGCCUACCGUCCGCCACUGCCGCUACCGUCCGCCACCGUCGCCACUGCCCGCUACCGUACUAA